AUGGCUUUGUUGAUGGAUUUGAUCCUCACUGCCAGGGAGUUGGGGCUUGCCUCUAGCCACCACCACAUUGCCGGCAUCAUGAAGCUCUCCUUUUCACUGAAGGCAAAGAAGGAUACGGCACCAGCCAAACCUCCUCCACCAAAACCGGCCUUAUUCUCAGGAGAUGACGCAGAGACCGAAGAGCCCGCAGUACCCGUUUCUGUGCCAUACAAUGUCGAGGCGUCCAAAGCAAUGCAGAAGAGAAUAGAGCAAGAGAAGGCUGUGGACCCUUCGGUAUACGACUAUGAUGAGGUCUGGGACCGUAUGCAGGAAGUCAAAGAGAAGCAAAAGGCUGCCAAAGCAAUUGAAGCUAUGGAGCGCAAGCCCAAAUACAUCCACAAUCUACUGUCUUCGGCUGCUACGAGAAAGCUGGACCAUUUGAGAGCAGAGGAAAAGAUGAUGCAGAGGGAGAGAGAGUUGGAGGGCGACGAGUUCAAGGACAAGGAGGCGUUCGUCACCCAGGCGUAUAAAGAGCAGCUCGCAGAGAUCAGGAAGGCUGAAGAGGAGGAAAAGAAGAGAGAAGAGGAAGAGAAGAAACGCAGGGGAGGCGGAACGGGAAUGGCACAUUUCUACCGCAAACUACUUGAAGAAUCUGCGCAACAGCACGAAGCCACUAUGAAAGCAGCAGAGAAACGAGUCAUUGGUCCGCAAGCAGGCCCCGAAGCAAACCUAACGAUCACGAAACCACCAGACUUUACGCCCAAGUCUGACCUUGAACUUGCCGCACUUGCUCGGGAACAAGGGAAGGAGGUGGAACUUAAUGACGACAACCAAAUUGUUGAUAAACGAGAACUGCUGGCUGCUGGCCUGAAUCUUUCACUCCCCAAUACUCGGAAUCUCGCGCUACGAAAGGCUAUGGCAGCCAAAGCGGACGGGGAGAAGAAUGACGCCCCUGUCCACACAGCUGUCGGUUUGGCAGCGAGUAAGAAGGAGAUUCAGGAGCGAAGGGCCAGGGAGAUUCGGAGACAAAUGGAGGAAGAGCAGCGAAAGGCGGCGGCAAAGAAGAAAGAGGAGGAAGAAGAGUCUUUACAACGGGUGGUGGCCAAACGGAAUACGGAGGAAGAUGUUAUGAGUGCGAGAGAACGGUAUUUGGCUCGCAAACGCCAACGGUUAGAGCAAACUCAGACAACAUCGGAGGAAGCAUCAUAGUACGGACAUUGUCCCCAGGAUAUCUGGUCGAUUCGGAUAUAUAUUGUACCAUUGUAUGUAGCAUUAAUGUCGAUUGGAGCACUCGACCCUUG